UCCAUGGUGUUAUAGCGGCUCUGCAUUCCUUAGUGCACUGCUCAAAAACCAACUGUUCUAUCAGCGGCAUGGCGCGAUCUGGAUCUCCAAAAAUCCUACCCGCAGCUUCCACCAUGCGCGCUGCAAAGUCUGAAAACGGCUCGCUCAGAGAGUAUCAGCAGAAGAACAGCCCUGGUGGUCCCGCAGCAGGAAGGAAGAAGAAGAAACUGAAAAAUGGCAGCAGCCCCGAGACAGCCCCUGCUGGGGGCUGUCACCCCACCGAGGAUAAACAACAGAACCAAGAAACUCUGGAUCAAGUGGAAAAAGAGAAGAAAGAAUGUCAGCAGAAGUUGGCCAAGGAGCAGGGGGCUUUAAGAGAACAACUGCAGGUUCACAUUCAAACCAUUGGGAUUCUUGUGUCUGAGAAGGCGGAUUUACAGUCGGCCCUGGCUCACACCCAGCAGGCAGCCAGGCAGAAAGCAGGAGAGUCUGAGGACCUUGCUAAUCGCCUGCAGACGACCCACCAGCGCGUCGGAGAGCUGGAGCGGACACUGUCUGCCGUCUCCACGCAGCAGAAGCAGGUGGACAGGCACAACAAGGAGUUGACCCAAGAGCGAGAUGCUCUCAAACUGGAGUUAUACAAGAACAACAGAAACAACGAGGACCUGAAGCAGCAGAACUCUGAGCUCCAGGAGAGGCUUCGCGUCCUCGAGACAGAGAAGAAGGCCCUGCAGCUGGGCACGGAGGAGCUGCAGAAGAAGCUGGAGAUGUCCGAGCUGCUGCUGCAGCAAUUCUCUAGCGAGUCUGGCGCCUCUGACGGUAGGCAGCAGCUUCAGCAGGCCAUGGAGGAGCGGGCCCAGCUGGAGAAACACGUGCAACAGCUGCUGGAGACGCAGACACACCUGCGGAUGGACAGGGACCGCUACGCAGAGGGCCUGGAGGAGGAGCGUGCCCUGUGGCAGGAGAAGAUGCAGCAGAUGUCUGCGCAGCUGUGCACGCUGAGGGAGGAGAAGGAGCACGGCCUGAGUCGGGUGCAGGAGCUGGAGACCACCGUGGCCGAGCUCAAGAGCCAGAGGGCGGAGCCUCCCGCCCCGGAGUCCGCAGCGCCCCCCGCGGGGCCGUCGGCGGCGGAGCAGCAGCUGCAGGCGCAGGCUGAGCAGCUGCAGAAGGAGCUGGAGAGCCUGGCGGGGCAGCUGCAGGCCCAGGUGCAGGACAACGCAGGCCUGAGUCGCCUGAACCAGCAGCAGGAGCAGCGGCUGCUGCAGCUGGAGCGGGAGGCGGAGCUGUGGGGCAGCCAGGCCGAGGAGCGCAAGCAGAUCCUGGAGAGCAUGCAGAGCGACCGCGUGACCAUCAGCCGCGCGCUCCUGCAGAACCGGGAGCUCAAGGAGCAGCUGGCCGAGCUGCAGGAUGGCUUCGUGCGACUGAGCAAUGACAACAUGGAGCUCACCAGCUCACUGCAGGCCGAGCAGCACGUCAAGAACGAGCUGGCCAAGAAGCUCGGCCAGCUGCAGGAGAGGCUGGGGGAGCUGAAGGAGACGGUGGAGCUGAAGAGCCAGGAGGCUCAGAGUCUGCAGCAGCAGCGCGACCAGUACCUGGGCCACCUGCAGCAGUACGUGGCCGCCUACCAGCAGCACGCGGCUGCCUACCAGCAGCUGAGCUCCGAGAAGGAGGCGCUGCACAAGCAGAUUCUGCUGCAGACGCAGCUCAUGGACCGGCUGCAGCACGAGGAGGUGCAGGGCAAGGUGGCGGUCCAGGUGGCUCGCCAGGAGCUGCAGGAGACCCAGGAGCGCCUGGAAGCUGCCGCCCAGCAAAACCAGCAGCUGCAAGCUCAGCUGGGCCUCCUGGGCCUCCCUGGAGAGGGAGAUGGGGAGGAGGAGGAGGAGGAGGAGGAGGAGGAGGAAACUCCCCAGGCCAAAGUGCCCGUCCCAGAAGACCUGGAGAGCCGAGAGGCCGUGGUGACGUUCUUUACGUCGGCUCUCGCCCGAGCCGAGGAAGAGCGGGCCCGGCUCCGCGGGCAGCUGAGGGAGCAGAAGGCUCGCUGCCGGCGCCUGGCUGUCCUUGCCGUGCCAUCGCAGGGGGAGCCCGAGGGGACCUCAGCCGCUGGGACUGGGGGUGACUCUGUGUCUGGGGAGACUCACCAGGCCCUCCAGGGGGCCAUGGAGAAGCUGCAGACCCGCUUUCUGGAGGUGAUGGCGGAGAAGGCGGAGCUCCGAGAGCGGGUAGAGGAGCUAGAACACCGCUGCAUCCAGCUCUCUGGAGAGACGGACACCAUCGGAGAGUACAUUGCCCUCUACCAGAACCAGAGGGCAGUGCUGAAGGAGCGGCACCGGGAGAAGGAGGAGUACAUCAGCCGGCUGGCCCAGGACAAGGAGGACAUGAAGAUCAAACUCCUGGAGCUGCAGGAGCUGGUGCUGCAGCUUGUGGGCGAGCGCAGCGAGUGGCAGGGCCGAGUCCUGGCUGCCGCCCCGGACCGCGCUGACCAUCCCGCUCCUGCGGCCCCAGCCCUGCAGGACGCUGCUGACCCGCAGGCUGGUCUUGGGGAGGUGAGCCUCGCCGACACCGUGGAGCCUGCGCGAGGAGAGGCUGGGGAGGGCUCGUCCACGCAGAACCCUACCGCGCAGCAGAUCAUGAAGCUGCUGCGGGAGAUCCAGCACCCCCAGGAGCGCCCAGGCCUGGGCACCAACCCCUGCAUCCCCUUCUUCUACCGGGCUGACGAGCACGACGAAGUGAAGAUCCUGAUCGUCUAACCCCAGAUGCCCUCAGCCCGGAGAGCCCCGCCCAGUCCUUCCCGCCCCUGCAAGCCACCCCGCCCCCUGCCCCUCCAUCCCAGUUCCCUUCCCUCUUAGAUAGAACCCCUGAGAGGUUGUGACCAACGUAGGCAGCGUUUGUGUGGCCCCCAGACAGCCCAGACCAGGGGGUGCUCCUCUCCUGGGGCAGUCAGCCAGGCAGUUUUCAUUGCCCCUCUUGGGCCUACUGUCGGCCUGGCUAGGGCAUACUUAUGCCAGGGGCAUCAUGGGUGAGCAUCAUCUCUGGGUGGGUGUAACUUCCGGGCCAGGGGCAUCCUUGGGUGAGGACAUCUAGGCAAGGUGCAGUCUGGGCCAGGGGCAUCUGGGUGAGGGUUGUCACUGGACAAGGGUCACUUCCUGGCCAGCGAUAUCUUCGGGUCAUCUCCGGGUGGGGGCAUCUGGGUGAGGAGGACAUAUUUGGGCAAGGGUCAUCUUUGGGUGAGGGCAUCUUCGAUGGGGCAUCUCCAGGCCCAGGGAGUUUGGGCAAUAGCAAAUGGACAAGGGCAUGUUCGGGCGGGGGCAGGCUGGGUGAGGUUCCCUUCAGGCCAGGGGGCACCAUGGUAGAGGGCAUCUGGGUGAGGGUCAUCUCUGAGCGGGGGCCUCGCUGGGCAAGGGUCCCUCCCAGGGGCAUCAUGGGUAAGGGUCACUUCUGGGACAGAGGCAUAUCGGGCGAGGUCCAUUUCAAAAGGGCAUCUGGGAGAGGAAAGCAUCUGGGUGAGAGUCAUUGCCCGGUGGGGGCACUGGCAAGGACAUCGCCGAGCAAGGGUCACGCUGGGCAAGGUCAUUUUCUGGCAAGGGCUUCUGGGUGAGAGAGGCAUCUCUCUGAGGAUCAUCUCUGGGCAGGGACCCCUGGGCACGUCAUCACUGUCAAAGGUCACUUUUUGGCCAGGGGCAUCAUGGGUAAUGGUCACUCUGGGCAGGGGUGUCAUGGGUAAGGGUCACUUCUGGGCCAGGGGCAUCAUGGGGAAGGGUCACUCUGGACAGGGGCAUCCUGGGCAAGGGUCACUACCGCGCCAGGGGCAUCAUGGCAAGGGACAUUUCUGGCACACAGGCAUCUUUGGGCAAGGUCAAUUUCAGGCAAGGGCAUCUGGAUGAGAAUCAUUGCUGGGUGGCAGCACCCGGGCAAUGGCAUCGGUGAGCAAGGGUCACUUCCGAGCCAGGGGCAUCAUGGGUAAAGGUCAUUCUGGUCAGAGGCAUCUUCGGACAAUUUCAGGCAAGGGCAUCUAGGUGAGGGUCAUUGCUGGUGGGAGCACCCGGGCAAGGACAUCUGGGCGAGGGUCACUUCUAACCAAGGGGACUCCCUUUCUUCGGAGGCACUUUGGGGCAGGGCAGCAGGCAGCAUUCUGUCAGGCCCUGCGACCACUGGGGCUAACUGGAGGCCUGAUGAGGGGACAAGGCUGCCUCCAGGGGGGCCCCCACCCCGCCCCCAUGUACAUAUUGUACUUGUGUACAUUUUGUAUAUUCUGGGGGUAGGGCCGCCCCCGUAUCAUAGCUGAGGCUGGAGCUCGCAAAUGAGGAGGAGGUCUUAAUACUUCUUUGGGGCUGGGAAACUUAUUUAUUGAGUCUAUGGCACAGGAAAGAGGCGGAGACAGGGUUGUGGCACCCUGGUGAUGUGGCUCCUGUUACUCUUUUUAUCUUGAAAUAAACAGAUUUAGCCACA